CGCCGUCGCGCUCACGUCUCUACGCCACAGAGUACAUCGCGCCGCGCGUGCCGCGACAUAGAGUAACAAUCAGUGCCGCACAACCGUCAACAUUUUCCCACACGAUCUGAUCCGCAUCCCCACGCUGGAGAACAGAGCAGGAACCCUGGACCCCUCCAACAUCAAGAGGGAACCGCAUAAGAUUCAAAACAAAAGGAGGAAAUGUGAGAUGAGGGAGGCGGAGGUUCUGGAACCAAAAGACCUCACGGCGAGAGCGAUGUUUCCCACCACACAGAUCAAAAUGAGCACGUCCCCGGCGACGUCGCCUACCAUGUCCAACUCCUCGUCGCCCACCCCUACACCACCGUCACAUCCCCCUCUGAACUACAACCACAAGAUCACAGGCAUCCCCUGUGUGGCGGCGGCGUCGCGGUACACGGCGCCGGUCCAUAUCGACGUCGGCGGCACCAUCUACACUUCAUCUCUGGAGACGCUUACCAAAUACCCAGACUCAAGACUGGCCAAACUCUUUAACGGAAGCAUCCCCAUCGUCCUGGACUCGCUAAAACAACACUACUUCAUUGAUAGAGACGGCGGAAUGUUCAGGCACAUCCUUAACUUCAUGCGCAACUCUAGACUUCUUAUUCCUGAGAACUUUGCUGACAUAGACCUACUCUUGGAAGAGGCCAAGUACUUCGAUAUUGCCCCGAUGUGCAGACAGCUAGAACAGUUGAAGAAAGAUAGGCUGAAGAGCCCGAAGACAUGCACGACUCCUCAGGGAAACGGAGAGGAGAGAGGGAGUGAGCGAGGGUUUGGGGUGACCAGAGGAGAGGGUGGCAGUUAUGAAUGUGUAGCACUCCAUGUCAGUCCAGACCUGGGGGAGAGAAUCAUGUUGAGCGGGGAGCGAGGGCUACUGGAUGAGGUGUUUCCCGAGUCCAACCAAGCGUUGCUGGAUUCCCGAUCCAGUGUUGCGUGGAACCAAGUCGACACCCGGCACGUCAUACGAUUCCCCCUCAACGGCUACUGCAAGCUGAACAGCGUCCAAGCCAUCACGAGGCUGCUGAACGCAGGGUUCAAGGUGGCAGCGAGCAAUGGAGGCGGCGUGGAGGGUCAACAGUUCUCCGAGUAUCUGUUUGUCCGGAAGGUGUGAUCUUUGACACACCCUGUAUAUACUGUGUGCAGCCUCAGAACCUAAAGGUCAGAGAUGACCAGAGCCCAGAGGUUCCUGUGGGGUCAAAACUAAAGUAGGAAGUUCCUGCUAGUGGAUUUGCAAAUGCGUUUCAGGGUUUUUAAGGCUUGAAUAAAAAUAACUCAUUUAAAUUCUUGGGUGAAAUGAUAAUUACAAGAUCACUCUUGUAAAGCAAUAUGCUAGUUUUGAUAAAUUUUGAAAUCAAGGUCUGUCUAGAAGACUUGGUGCAAACCUAUAAAUAUAGAAAAAUUAGCUUUAAAAAUACAGUAGAACCUCCCCCCCCCUCCUAUUAUUCAACUCUAUCAAUCUUUAAGUUUUCAUAGUUGUUUAUAUAUUACUCAUUAAUUGUACCUUUCAACUGUUUGGACUGUAAACAUACCAAUUUUUCUUACUAGGAAUAAUUUUACUACUUUAAGAACAAUUGUGUUUUUGCUCCUCUGUUUUUUAUCUAUGCUCUUUUAACUAUUUAUUAUAUAUUUGUGUCUGAUCAAGGUUUGAUUCUGCUUGCUAUUGAGGGAUUCUACUGUUAUAUGUAUGGUUCUCUAAUAUGAACUUAAUUUGAAACUUUAGAUCGAUUAAAAGUUUUGACCAACACAAUACUAAAUGUUCAUGUCAGAAUUAUAGUGCUCGUAAGGUUUACCCUCAUGUAUAUACAAAAUCACCAUCAAGAUUUUGUUAUUACAAGCCAUUGUUAACUUUUAUAAAAUGUGAAUAUUUAAGUUAAAACUAGUGUAAUUAAUACUUAAUUUUAGUUUAUGUACAGUUCGGAACUUUAUUUCUAAGUGUGCAAUUUGUUUUGUAUUAUAUACUAAAAUUAUUUUACUUAAAAUCAGCUUUAACUUAUUGUACUCUUAUUAAAACCUCAGGGUUUUGUAAAAGAAGGUUUUGCUGAGUUAAAAAGACAAUUAUUGGACUUACUUUGGAUAACUUGGGUUGUACUUUGAUAAAAUAUAAAGCUAAUAGUGUUUAAAGAGGAAAUUGUAUUUUACAAGGCAGUAACAUGUAGUACUGUAUCACUUUUUUUGGAUUUUAAUUUUUUGAAUUGUAGGUAUUGAAUGGAAAUAUGCAUACAAUUUAUUCCCUUGACAAACUAUUGCAGAUUAUUAUAGGACUCUAAAAUCACAAGAAUAAAAAUCUGAAUUUUGAGACUAAAUUACAAAAUACAAAUUCGUUUACCAGGGAAAUGUUCUUAAAAACAUUGGCAUGUUGUUAUAAUUGACAACUUAAUUCUAAUAAUGAACAUUUAGUUACUCAUAACUUGAUCUAAAUUGUUGUUAUGUAGUUAUGUAGGGUGCACCCUCAGUUGAUAGUUGAAAUCAUUAUUUUUAAUUCAGUUGAAGCAUCUUUAAAACUAUUUUUUGAAUAUUUCAAAACCAAUUUUAUAGUACAAAAUGAGAACAUAUUUUCUAAAACAUUUCGUGUUUUAAAUGCCAAAAACACUAAAAUCUAUGUUCCUUAAUUAAUGCCUUCUUAAGUCUAUGUUGCUAUGAAAUACCUUUUAUAAUAAUUUAAUUUUGUAUUUCGAGCUGAGAUACACUAUUCUAAGCAGCCUAUUUCUGAUCUGGUUCUUGAUUCAGUUCGUCCAAACAAAAACUGUAAAUAAAUAAGUGUUCAGUGUUUAAACUAGUACAUAAAACUGUUGUAAAUACAAUGUACAUUAGUAAAUUAAAUACCUAGUGAAUCUAUAAUUUGUUACAUUAGCAACUACUUAAUUAUGAAAUGUAUUUAACACUGUUGAUCAUUUUGAAGUUUAGUUGAUAGUUUUUAUUUCUGUUGUUUGUGUAGUUUUGAUCAUUCCCGAAUCAAAUUUUGUCUGUAUACAGUUGACUUAGUCUUAUACAGUGUUUAGUUCCUGUGAUGUGUACAAUUUGUACUAAAUUGUAAUUCUAGUUCGAUCCCGCAUGUAAUGUAUAAAACAUUGUAAGUUUCCUUGUUUUUUAAAUUUACAUGAUUAAAACUAUUGU